AUGGAAAACAUCGUCACACAGGUGUCCCAGGAUGGACCAGGCACUAGCAAUCCAUUGUUGAGAGACCAGCAGGCAGGACAAGAAUACGCGGAAGGUUAUGAGGACGAUGGGAAUUCCUUGAUUCAUCUAAACAUCCAGGAAAAUCACUAUUACAUAACGCGAGACCAACUUAUGUCACUUCCAGAAUCGCUUCUACUGUGCCUAUUCCCGUCCGGUGUGUUUCUAGAUCGAGAGGGUCAAGUCAUUACGAAUCUGACACCCAACGACGAAGUCUACGUAUCAAAUUUCCCACCGGAUUGUUUUGAAUACAUCAUGGAAAUAUAUACAAAGGCUUACGAUGAUUUGGUGAACUAUCCCGUGAGUAAGAUAUUUGAUAGAAACCUUUCACGCAAGGAUAGCGGUUUGUCGUCUGCUGCACGUGGAUUUUUCUCCUUUGGAAAUUCAAGUUCACCAGGUACCGGCGCUGAUCCAGAGAAUGAGAUUUUACAUGCGAAGCCAACCAUUAUCGUAUUGAGAGAAGAUCUGGACUACUACUGCGUCCCACAAAUUGAAUUCGAUUUUCAAACACCAGAGGCAAGUGAUGAUUUGUUGUACCACGUAAUGGCUCAAGUGAAAGCAGCUGCGGGCAGCUACCUCACUUCGAAGACAUCAAUCUUCCAAGGAUUGUACUCUUCGAACCGAUUGAAAAACAAGAGGGAAAGCAAGAAUCACAACUCCAAGGAAAGAUUACUGGGGCCUGCAGAACAACAUCUAAUGGAUAUGCUUUGCUCAUCAGGCUUCGAAAAGACCUCACAAUGGGGAAAUAGAAGUCAGGAACCAGGCAAAACUGUCAUAAGCUCACUAUCACUAUGUCGAAUCGCCAAUGAAAGUACAGAAGAUUUCAGAAACCAGUACCAUGCCGCAAGAGCCAAAUGGGAACAGGCGCAGCAGGAAACCAUAACCCCUGUCGGAUCAUCCGUAUCACUCUCAUCACUGUCACAGACCAACUCACAUAACAACACCACUACUACAACCUUGACAACCACCAAGUCCGCUUCUACGACCACACGUCCACCAACGGAGAAACGAAAGUCUCGACUCUCUACUCUGGCCGAUAAUGUUCGCUCCCGCUCCUCAUCAGCUCAAAGAUCGAGCUCUAAGCAAAGACAACCGAAACCCCCCGCCUCUACGAUCUCGUGCCUAGGCCCGAUAUCAAUGCCAAGCUACUUUUAUUUUGGUCGCAAACCUGCACGCAAGUGCUGGUGGGGCGAAGAGGAAGUCAAUCUCGAUAUCCAAGUCUACGGAUCAUGGGAUGCAGCUGAUAAUAGAUUGAACCUCAAGAUGUCUAAGGAUCCGAGUACCGGACUUACCGAGAGUACCAUCCCCGUAACGCUGCACAUCCGCCGCGUCUGGACGUUAGAGUUAAGCGCAGUGGGAGUUGAAUAA